UUUAUAUACUCUUUGGUGUUCGGCUCAACGUUUGUCUCUAUUGUCUAUGACAUUCAGAAUUGACAAUCAAUCAUGGCGAGCACGUCGAGAAUGGAGACUAACAAAGUGGUGUGCUAUGCUCACCCAGAUGCACCCCUUAUUGAGGAUUACAGGGCUGGUGACAUGAUAUGUUCAGAAUGUGGUCUUGUAGUGGGAGACAGGGUUAUAGAUGUGGGAUCAGAAUGGCGAACCUUUAGCAACGAAAAGUCAGGUGUGGAUCCAUCCCGUGUUGGUGGACCAGAGAACCCCUUGCUUUCCGGUGGCGAUCUCUCUACUAUCAUAGGACCAGGUCGCGGAGAUGCUUCAUUUGACAGUUUUGGAGUAUCUAAAUACCAAAACAGACGAAAUAUCAGUAGUAAUGACAGAGCACUUAUUAAUGCAUUCCGAGAAAUAAACACAAUGGCUGACCGAAUAAAUCUGCCCAAAACAAUUGUGGAUAGAGCUAAUAAUUUAUUUAAACAGGUCCAUGAUGGUAAAAACUUAAAAGGCAGAGCUAAUGAUGCUAUUGCCUCUGCUUGUCUGUACAUUGCGUGUAGACAGGAAGGUGUGCCUCGUACAUUCAAAGAAAUUUGUGCAGUCAGCAAAAUAAGUAAAAGAGAAAUUGGAAGGUGUUUUAAGCUUAUUCUCAAAGCACUUGAAACUUCAGUGGAGCUUAUCACAACUGCAGAUUUCAUGUCUCGGUUCUGUUCGAACCUUGGUCUACCAAAUUCAGUGCAACGUGCCGCUACACACAUUGCUCGGAAAGCUGGAGAAUUGGAUAUUGUAUCUGGUCGUAGUCCAAUAUCUGUUGCUGCGGCUGCUAUUUAUAUGGCGUCUCAGGCGUCAGAUGACAAGCGCAGUCAAAAAGAAAUUGGUGACAUAGCGGGUGUGGCCGAUGUUACCAUUCGACAAUCUUACAAGUUAAUGUAUCCAUUUGCUGCUAAGCUGUUCCCCGAAGACUUCAAGUUUGCCACACCUAUUGAGUUCCUGCCACAAAUGUGAAUUCACUUAGUUUGAGUUAAGUUUAAUUUGUAAGUUAACUGUUAUAAUCAUAUUUGUAAAGUCUGUCUAAAUGUAUUGUGCCAGUUGUUCCCAGUCUUUGUAAAUUGUUUCUUAUGGUUGUAUCUUUCAUUUCAAUUAAAAGCUUAAAUUGGGAUAUGUAAGAAAAUGGUUGGCCAUUUUUUCAUUUUUACUGUUAUUUUGUGAU